UCAACAUCUCUCAAACCGAAAAGCACCUAUCUCUCGCCAGACUGAUGGAGCAUUAAAGAAAUCAUUGGACACGAUUUGUGUAUUAGUUAUUGAGCAUUAUGAGUCGCGCCUAGCAGAUCUUUGGGAGGCUCGUUGCACUCCAAUUUUUACCGUUCUAUUUCGAGCACAACACGGUUGUUCUUUUUGGCUAGCCGAAUCGUCGACGCAUCAACGACUUCAUGCAUUUCGCCCCCCAAUAUCCCUCUACCCCUUGGAUGGUAUUCUGCAUCCACACUCAAUCUUGAGGAUCUGAUAUUUUCUCCUCCGCAUUGGUUUCUUGACUUGGUUUUCUUUCAAUCCGAGCCAUUGGAAGAUUGCAAUGGGAAUCAAAGGAAUUUACCGUGAACUUGGCCCCGGCAAAAGAGUAUCUCUUGCCAAACUGGCCACAGAGAAACUUGAAAACACAAGCCGGCCAUUGCGGAUUGCCAUUGAUAUCGCCAUCUGGCAAUUCCAGGCACAAGCCGCACGAGGUGGGACAAAUCCUGCAAUCAGGACUCUAUUCUACCGCCUGGUGCGACUACUAAGUCUUGGUAUACACCCCAUUUUUGUCUUUGAUGGCCCUCACAAGCCGGCUUUCAAGCGCAACAAGCGUUCUGGUAAAGGGGAUGGCCUUGCAAUAGCCAUGGCGAAGAGAGUCAUUCGUCUAUUUGGAUUCCUAGUGCAUGACGCGCCUGGUGAGGCAGAAGCCGAAUGCGCUCUCUUACAGCAACGGAACAUCGUCGACGCAGUUUUGAGCGAGGAUGUCGACACAAUCAUGUUUGGCUGUACCCGAAGUCUUCGAAACUGGUCAGCAGAGGGGACCCGCGGAGCCAAGACGCCCACCCACGUUAGUAUGUACGAGGUCGACAGUUUAUUGUCUGCCGAAACGGGUCUGGAUCGAGAGGGUAUGGUGUUGGUCGCACUGAUGAGCGGAGGUGACUACAUACCCGAAGGUGUACCAGGAUGCGGUCCCAAAGUUGCAUGCGAGGCGGCGAAAGCUGGGUUUGGCAAGUCGCUAUGCCGCUUGAAGAUUGAAGAUGAUGACCAAUUUGACGAGUGGAGGAGGACGUUACGACACGAACUGCGUACGAACGAGAGUGGCUUCUUCAGAGUACGGCACAAAGCUUUGUCCAUACCGGACGAGUUUCCAGAUCGCCAAGUGCUAAGGUAUUAUACGCAUCCGGUCGUCUCAAGUGCCGCCACUAUCGACAGGCUGAAGGCGGAUCUCGAUUGGAGUCGCCCGAUAGAUGUGCAAGGUCUCCGGUACUUUGCAGACGAGACGCUUGACUGGGUGAAUAAAAUCGGUGCCAUUAAGCUCACGCGAGUCUUGUCACCUGCGUUACUCGCCCACAAGUUAUUGCAGAGGCACCUUUCCGACCAAGCAAGCUACCAGACGGCAGUGGAGAUGGAGAAAGAAGAAUCGAAACUGGUCAACCGUAUCGCCGGGAUACGAAGUCAUCACAGCACCGAUGGCAUUUCAGAGUUGCGCGUAGCACACAUUCCGACCGAUAUAGUCGGUCUAGACCUUUCACAAGAACUAGACGAAGCCGACGAAGUGCCCUUUGAUCGCCAGGGUCUCGGGCUCAACAGCGACGAGGAGUUCGAAGCUGUCAUCGACGGCGAGGGAGUGCCAACGAGCAGCCAGGCUGUGCCAAAAAGUACAUUCGACCCAUAUGCCGCCCAGAUGAUCUGGCUGCCCGAGUCGCUCGUCAAGCUGGGCGCACCUCUGGCUGUUGAAGAUUGGGAAGAGAAGCAGCGGGCCAAGGCUACUAAGGUGUCUACAAAGCCCAAGAACACCAGCAGCAAGGGCUUCGGCAAGAGGAAGCCUGCCAAAGCCGUCCCAGCCGAAGCCGGCGCGCUUGAUAGGUGGAUGCAAAUCACAAAGGGCACCACCACAAGACAAUCAGCAAAGACUGGCGGCGCAACAUCGCAACAUCAAGUAGAAGACGAAGAUGUCCUCUCACCACAUAUUCCGCGGCCCACUACUCUUAGGCCGGAUCCAACAAAGAUAACGGCUGCGUUUCCGGCCUCCUCUUUUUCCUCACAACGACCGAGUCCUCUGCUGAGACCUAUCAACCGAAAACCACCAAGCCUCGGCAGCCCACAGAGCCGAUUCUGUUGUCAUCUAGCCCCGUCCCCGCUUCGCCUGCGCCUGCUUUUCCGUCGAUGAAAAUACCGCUGAGCCCGCUGAGUCCACCGAGCCCGCCGAGCCCACCAACACCUCAGCACAUCAUCAUCGACCUGUCAGGUUCUGACGAAGAGUCCCUCGUCGAGCCCGAGCCGAACCCGCCUACCGCGUCUACAUCAGCACCUUGUCAU